GCGGCGGCGGCAGGCGGUCCUGGAAUGUGCGAGGGGCGUGAUGACAGCAGCCGCCGCCGGCCUCUUUGCGCAACACCUUCGCUAUAUAUACGGCGGGGCCGCGGCGCUCCACCUGGGUGCCUCGUUCGGUCCAUUACCUGCGCAGGGAGCGCUGACCAUGGCUCCUUGGCCUGAGUUGGAAAAUGCCCAGCCCAACUCCAAUAAAUACAUCGAAGGGGCCACUAGCCAACAAUCUGCCACACCUGCGAAAGGCAAGGAGAAGGACCAAAAUGACACCGGGACCCCUGUAACCAAGAUUGAACUGCUGCCAUCCUACUCCACCGCGACACUGAUAGGGGAGCCUACAGAGGUGGAAGACCCCUGGGACCUGCCGGCGCUUCAGAACACGGGGAUCAAGUGGUCGGAGAGAGACACCAGAGGGAAGAUUCUCUGUGUCUUCCAAGGGAUUGGCAAAUUCAUCCUGCUUCUGGGGUUUCUCUACUUGUUCGUGUGCUCCUUGGAUGUCCUCAGCAGCGCCUUCCAGCUGGUUGGAGGAAAGGUGGCCGGGCAGUUCUUCAGCAACAACUCUAUUAUGUCCAACCCUGUGGCGGGGCUGGUGAUUGGGGUGCUGGUGACCGUCCUGGUGCAGAGCUCCAGCACCUCCUCGUCCAUCAUUGUCAGCAUGGUGGCUUCCUCACUGCUCACAGUGCGGACUGCCGUCCCCAUCAUCAUGGGGGCCAACAUUGGGACCUCGAUCACCAACACCAUCGUGGCGCUCAUGCAGGCAGGAGACCGGAAUGAAUUCAGAAGGGCUUUUGCGGGGGCCACUGUCCACGACUUCUUCAACUGGCUCUCCGUGUUGGUGCUCUUGCCCCUGGAAGCCGCCACCCAUUAUCUGGAGAUCCUGACCAACCUGGUGGUGAACAGCUUCAACUUCAAGAAUGGAGAAGAUGCCCCAGCACUUCUGAAAGUUAUCACAGAUCCUUUCACAAAGCUCAUAGUCCAGCUGGAUAAAGAUGUUAUCAACCAAGUUGCACUGAAUGACGAAGCAGCCAAAAACAAGAGUCUGAUCAAGAUUUGGUGCAAAACUUUGACCAGCAUGACGCCGAUGAAUGUCACCAUCCCCUCGGGUGAGAACUGCACCUCCCCUUCCCUCUGUUGGAUGGAUGGCAACUACACCUGGACCAUCAAGAACGUGACCUACCAGAAGAACAUUGCCAAAUGCCAGCACAUCUUUGUGAAUUCCAGCCUUCCGGAUCUUGCUGUUGGCAUCAUCCUGCUGAUCAUCUCCCUGCUGGUCCUCUGUGGCUGCCUGAUCGUCAUCGUCAAGCUCCUGGGCUCCGUGCUCCAGGGGCAGGUAGCAGUUGUCAUCAAGAAGACCCUCAACACUGAUUUCCCCUUUCCCUUUGGCUGGGUGACUGGCUACCUGGCCAUCCUCGUGGGGGCCGGCAUGACCUUCAUCGUGCAGAGCAGCUCUGUGUUCACAUCUGCUCUGACCCCACUCAUUGGUAUCGGUGUGAUAAGCAUUGAGAGGGCGUAUCCUCUCACGCUGGGCUCCAACAUCGGCACCACCACCACCGCCAUUCUAGCCUCCUUAGCCAGCCCAGGGAAUACGUUGAAGAGCUCACUCCAGAUUGCCCUGUGCCACUUUUUCUUCAACAUCUCAGGCAUCUUGCUGUGGUACCCAAUCCCAUUCACCCGCCUGCCCAUCCGCCUGGCCAAGGGGCUGGGCAACAUCUCAGCUAAGUACCGCUGGUUUGCCAUCUUCUACCUGAUCUUCCUCUUCUUCCUGGUCCCGCUGGCAGUGUUUGGCCUCUCCCUGGCCGGCUGGCCGGUGCUGGUGGGCGUGGGAGUGCCCAUCAUCUUCGUGCUUCUUCUCGUGGUGGCCCUCAGGCUCCUGCAGUCCCGCUGCCCACGCAUCCUGCCCAGGAAGCUCCAGAACUGGAACUUCCUGCCCUUGUGGAUGCACUCGCUGAAGCCCUGGGACAACCUGAUCUCCCAGCUCACCGACUGCUGCCAGACACGCUGCUGCUGCUGCUGCCGCGUCUGCUGCCGUGCCUGCUGUCUGCUGUGCGGCUGUCCCAAUUGCUGCCGCUGCAGCAAGUGCUGCAAGGACCCGGAGGAGGGGCAGGAUAUCCCCAUCAAGGCCCCCCAGGCCUUUGAUAACAUGGCCAUGAGCAGAGAGCCGCAGGACGAAGUCCCCAAGUCUGAAGUGGAUGCCCUGGGCACAAAGACCGUCUCCAGCCUCACAGCCUUGUAGGGGCUGCCCAGAGGUGGGAGGAGGGGCCUCAAGUCCCACAUGCUCACACUCCUAGUUCUACAUGCCUUUGUCCAUCUCAUGGGGAUUUGUUUCCCAUCAAGAAAUGGAUUUGACAUCAGUCCCCACUCUCAUUUCCCUUCACCCAGUAUAUCAGCCUGCAUAGUAGUUUCAUCUCAGCCCCUGCACCCUGGGUCUUCCCCUCCCAGGAAGGCGCAGAACGACACUGAAAGAGAAUUAGACAAUGAAACCUGGCCAGAAGAGAUGAUCUCACCCGCCCCUGCACACAGCUGGGUUGGCUGAUAGGACUUAUUUUCAGACUCAAACCAUCCUCUUCCAAAGGAAAAGCCCCAAGGGAGGAAUUUAUGGAAGGUUCUCAAAGGUGACAUACAUACACGUAUGCUUUUCUUUAUUGUGAUAAAGCUCAGACAUCUCUUAUAGCAAAGACUGGCUUCAACCAAGAGCAGCUGCUCCCAGGCGUCCUUGCCCCAGACCAGCCCAGUUCAGGGGAAAUAAUGUGUUUGUUUGGAGACCUGGAGAAGACCACAGGUGGGGGUCUUUCCCACUUCCCAGUGCUCCGCAAGUCACCUGAGCAGGUAUAGCUAGUCCAAGCAGUUUACCUGCUGUGCUCUCAAGUUUCCGAGAUGGGAGCCACAUCUGGGCUACAGAGGGAGGUUCAGGACGAACUCUGGCUCACCUGUUGCGCUGUCUUCCUAAGAAGAGAGUGGUCCUGUUCUUGAGCUGGGCAGUUGUAGGAUGAGAGCUAGGGAAUGGGGAACAUUUGAGGAGAUAGUUUAUCUACCCAAAGGACCUCAUUCUUUUUAAUCUGACUAACUUAGAGGCCAAAUUGACAGACGUUGUGGCUAAAGCCUACUGCUGCUCUCUUGGUCAGAUAAAAACCCAUCCCUGUUGAGUCUUUUGGAAUAAGAUAUACAGGUUCUCUAAGUCCCCUCCACUGCUGUCACCUGAAUCCCAGGCAGCACCUGAGUAUGGAACAGUUCUACAUUUCUCUCUGCCUGUGUGCUCCCUGUGCAAGAUGACUGAGUCAGCUUUUGGUGGUCAGCUUCCAUCCAUCCAUCUAUCCGUCCAAGCCAGAACCUCUUUCCAAACAUUCUCCCAUAGAUAGAUGAACGUUGAUUUCCUUCUCUCUAAGGGCAGAAACCAGGGCAUGCUGGACUGCCCACAGAACUGUGGUCAUCAAGUAGCAGUAGGGGUCUGUGUGUGUCCAUGAGUCCAAGGGAUGUGUUCCUUCUUGCCCCAGAUGCCUUCUCUGUGCCUUCUAGAGCCUCUUCUUGUAGUUAUACCUCUUCCCUCCACUGCUCCUCACCCUAAGGAGUUCCAAUUCUCCCCAGAGACUGAGUGAUCUUCGAUCAAGUCUGAGAAAGGGAGAUUCGUGCAGCCACACUCUAGACCCUUCCCUCCCCAUCCUAGCUUAUCCAUCAUCCUAACAGGUUGGGGAAACAAACUGAGCCCUCCCCCGACCUUCCCCCAUGUAGAUACCAAUUCCCAAACAGAGCCAUUUAUACUCUCUAUUUAUGGUCACACACUUG